AACCUUUAUAUAAAAUUUUCUAAAGUGGAUGUUUUUUUUGACCCUGAUGUUUUUUUGACCCUGACACAGACAGACAAACUAUUUUCUUUCAUAUGACCCUCCUUUCAGUCGAGGGAAUAAUAAUAUAAUUUCAAUAAGACUUCAUUAUUUAUGAUGUGUAAUGAUUAAAUUAGUUCAUAUUGUCUUCAACAUUUUAAAAAUAUAUAUAUAUAUGAAGACGGAUAUUUUGUUUGCAUCUGUAGUUUAUUAGAGUGUUCUCAAAAAAUGUGAGGAAAUUAAGUUAGAUUUUAACUUUUGACAUUGUUCAUCUCUGUUUCAAAUGAAUAAGGAAAAUUUUGUACUGCUACAUUAAAGUGCACAUUCCACUUAAUAUUCACAAAUAUAUAUAGACAGGUACACUUUAGAGGAAACAAGAAAAAAGAAUAAAUAUACUAACCGUCACACAUCAGAACCAAACAAGUCUUAUGGAAAUUUUAUUAUUAUGAUAUUAGUUGAAGAAUGGUUAAGUAUCAGAGAAAUGUAGAACAUUGUUUCUAUUAUCAAACCAUAUAGAUAGAAACUUUCUUUAAGAAAUGAAAAUAUUUUCGUCAUUACUUUUGUUAUGUUCUUAGUAGUUAUUAAAGACAUCAUUUCUGUAUGGUGUUAUUGGUUUUUUCAAAAAAAAAACCAAAACAAUUUUAAUAAAAAUGAUAUUCACAUAAACAGUUUUAGACAAAAAAAAAACAAAUCAAAUUUUCUUUGUAACCGACAGACUAAUCGGAUAUCAUAUAGAAUAACGUCCGCCUAAAAUAUCGGUACUCAUUAUUUUUGCUGUUGAAAGAUAUUCUCUGUUAAUAAAUUUAAAAUUUUCUACAGAGUUUAUGAAAAACUCAACAGCAAAGAUUCGAACUUCAAUACUCAAGCUUAAUAAUGCAUUAAACCAUUCGAUUAAACGUAUUGUUUGAAAUAUUUUUAGUGAUGUAGAAAAUAAUGAUGAAUCAAAUCCAAAUGAACUUUCAUCACAAUCAGGAUAUAAACGUCAAGUAACUUUUAAUUCAACAAAAGAGAUUAAUUCAAAUGAAAAUUCAUCAUCAUUAUCUCGAUCAAUAUCUUCACCAUCGAAAGCAAAUCGACGACGUUUACGUACAACAAGUCGUUCAGUUGAUGAACGUGUCAAAGUUCUUGGUCGAAAUACAAUCUAUACAGCAGGUCGUCCAGCAUGGUAUGAUGCAAGUGGUGAAAUAAAAGAAGCCUUUGUUAUUGGUAUUGGUGGUGGAAGUGCAAGUGGUAAAACAACUGUAGCACAACAUAUUGUUGAAAAAUUAAAUAUACCUUGGGUUACUCUUUUAAGUAUGGAUUCAUUUUAUAAAGUUUUAACUGAUGAACAACAUGAACAAGCAAAAAUAAAUAAUUAUAAUUUUGAUCAUCCGGAUGCAUUUGAUUUUGAUCUACUUCUUGGAACAUUAAAAAAUCUCAAACUCGGCAAACAAGUUGAAAUUCCUCUAUAUAAUUUUACUACUCAUUCUCGUGAAGCAUAUACAAGAAUGCUUUAUGGUGCUAAUGUUGUUAUAUUUGAAGGAAUAAUGUCAUUUUUUAGUAACGAUAUUCGUGAGAUUCUUGAUAUGAAAAUAUUUGUUGAUACUGAUGCUGAUAUUCGUCUUGCACGUAGACUUGAACGAGAUAUUGCAGAACGUGGACGAGAUAUUGAAGGUGUUAUACAACAAUAUACACGUUAUGUUAAACCUUCUUAUGAUCAUUAUAUUGCACCAACGAUGACUUUUGCUGAUAUAAUUGUUCCAAGAGGCGGUGAAAAUCAAAUAGCCAUUGAUUUAAUUGUACGUCAUGUCAAUCGAGAACUUCAAAAACGUGGUGUAAAAGUUCGAAAUGAACUUGUUCAUAGAUUUGAUUUUAUGUGUGGUUUACCAAUGCCUGAAACAUUUUAUAUUGUUGAACAAACAGCACAAAUCAAAUAUCUUCAUACAAUUGUUAGAAAUAAAGAUACUGAUCGUGAUGAAUUUAUUUUUUAUUCAAAACGUCUCAUGCGAAUAUUAAUCGAAUAUGCUUUAUCUUUAUUACCAUUUGAAGAUGUUGUUGUUGAAACACCACAAAAACUUUUAUAUAAAGGAAAGAAACAUCUAUAUACUGAAAUUUGUGGUGUAUCUAUAGUUCGAGCUGGUGAAUGUUUAGAACCUGCAUUAAUUGAAGUACAUAAAGAUGCUAAAAUUGGUAAAAUAUUAAUUCAAACAAAUCAAUCAACUGGUGAACCAGAACUUCAUUUUCUUCGAUUACCUCGUGAUAUUGCUGAUGCUUAUGUAUUGAUUCUCGAUGCUACUAUUGCAACUGGAGCAGCUGCAUUAAUGGCUAUACGAGUUUUAUUAGAUCAUAAUGUUCCAGAAGAUAAAAUUGCUCUACUUUCAUUAUUAGUAUCAAAACAAGGAGUUCAAACAGUAGCUUAUGCAUUUCCAACAGUAAAAAUAGUGACAACAGCAUGCGAUACUCAACUCGAUCAAAAUACUGGUUUUAUAUGUCCUGGUUUGGGUAAUUUUGGUGAUCGAUAUUUUGGAACAGAUUUAAUUGGAUAUACAUCAGAUACAGAUGAUAUAAUAACAACUAUACAUGGAAACAAUAGUUUUCAACCUUGUACACCAGAUUCACCAUUAUCUGGUCGGGGAAUAUUACUGAAUAAUUAUGAUUGA